CAGGAAUGCUUAGUUUUAAGCAGAACGCCGCAUUUUGAAAUCGGUGGUACAAUUCAUUUGGUAAUUAAUAAUCAAUUAGGCUUCACAACUCCACCUUCCCAGGGUCGAUCGUCAAGGUAUUGCACAGAUUUAGCGAAAACUAUAUCUGCACCUGUAAUUCACGUGAACGGUGACAAUCCUGAGAUGGUUGUACGAGCUGCAAGAAUAGCCUUUAAAUAUCAAAGACAAUUCAGAAAGGAUGUAUUUGUUGAUCUAAAUUGUUUCAGAAGAUGGGGUCACAAUGAAUUAGAUGAUCCUACAUUCACCAACCCUCUCAUAUAUAAAAUUAUACAAAAUCGUGCAUCUGUACCAGAUCAAUAUGCGGAGAAGCUAGUAGACCUAGAUAUACUUACUCCAGAAAGUAUUAAAAAUAUCGUCGAAAGUCACACAGCGUGGUUGAAUAAGACCCUAAAAGAAUCUUCGAAAGACAUAUCGGCACAGUCAACCACUUAUCUUGCUGGAAGAUGGACGAAAAUGAAACAAGCUGAAGCCAAUAUAACACAAUGGGAUACUGGCGUCAAGCUAGACUUGCUACGAUUCGUAGGAGAAAAAAGUGUUCGAGUGCCAUCGAACUUCGAUAUUCAUCCACAAUUGUUAAAGAAUCAUAUUCAGAGUCGUCUAAAAAAGAUCGAUAAUGGUAACGCUUUGGACUGGUCGACUGCCGAAGCAUUGGCCGUCGGUUCUUUAUUAUAUCAAGGAUAUAAUGUGAGAAUAAGCGGGCAGGACGUGGGCCGUGGCACUUUCUCACAGAGGCACGCAAUGCUCGUUGAUCAAUCUACAGGAGCCAUUUUUAUUCCACUGAAUUCGAUGGUUGAUGAUCAAACUGGCAAAUUAGAGGUAGCUAACAGCAUUCUAUCCGAGGAAGCUGUGCUAGGUUUCGAAUACGGUAUGAGUAUAACAUCGCCGUUCACGUUGCCUAUUUGGGAAGCACAGUUCGGGGAUUUCUUCAAUGGGGCGCAAAUAGUUAUCGAUACGUAUAUAACAAGUGGAGAGGCAAAGUGGAUGCUGAGCAGCGGCCUAACAAUGCUUUUACCACACGGGUACGAUGGUGCUGGUCCGGAGCACAGUUCAUGUAGACUCGAAAGAUUCUUACAAUUAACGGACAGUAAGGAGAACGGUGUUGAUGGCGAUGAUGUUAAUAUACAUGUUGCGAAUCCCAGUGAACCAGCACAAUAUUUCCAUUUAUUAAGAAGACAGAUGAUAAGAGAUUAUCGGAAACCUCUGAUCGUGGUAGCGCCUAAAAUUUUAUUACGUCAUCCGGCAGCAGUGUCAUCCUUAUCGGAUUUUGAACCUCGGACGAGCUUCAAAACCAUUAUCGGGGAUGAUAAAGCAGAAAAAGGCAAUGUAACUAAAAUUAUUUUAGUUAGUGGAAAACAUUAUUACGCACUUGACAACUAUCGAGAAACUUCUGGAGACAAGAAUGUAGCUAUUAUCAGAGUAGAAAAUUUAUGUCCCUUUCCUGUCCACGAGUUACUAGAGGAGAUUGCAAAAUAUAAACAUGCAAAAACCUUUAUUUGGAGUCAAGAAGAACCACGAAAUAUGGGCGCAUGGAGUUUUAUUAAACCACGUUUUGAGAACUUAUGUGGACGACAGUUGAAAUAUUGUGGUCGAAAAUCGAUGGCAGCACCAGCUGUUGGAGAUGGACAAAUGCAUCAACGAGAAGCUAACGAAGUUAUUGUUAAACCAUUUACAUUGAAAUAAAAACUA